CGGGAAUUAGUUGUUGUUUUGUUUUCUAAUUCUAGGCAUUUCUAGGUAGUAAGUGAGGGAUGUACGAGAUCUCUGGUCUUGCUAGGCAGCCCUAUUUGCUAUGAAUUCUAAAUAUUAUUUAUAAAACGAAAAAUAAAUAUGUGUGGAAUAUGUUUUGCGUGCUGUCUUCAAUGCCCUAUUAUCACCGAAAGUAAAAAACCAUCCGAUGAAAGCACACAUAUGCGGGUACGUAGCGGUAAACUCUCAGAUUUUGUCAUGUUUGUGUCGGCGAUUGGCAACUAAAAAAAUAAUACACGGUGCAUUACAAAAAGCGUCUUGAUUGUGUCAAAAUUUCUUUUCCGAUCCGUGGUCAAAGUUACAUGGAAUGUGAUCGAGAUAGGGCUUGUGUCAACAUGAUCAUGAAGGGAAAAGCUGAGAUUCCAGAUGACUGGCGGCUAAAAGUAAAAGUCGGUACCGUAAACCGUAAAAGUCUUCAGGGAGCUCGCCUGAAACCCACCCGCACCCCAUUCUGUGUUUUACCAAGGUCUGGAGAGCAGUUUUUCAUGAGGACAGACAUGCUCAAACCGUUAUAUAAAGCUACAUGUCCAGUACCAACACGUGUUUGAGGGGGGGGGGGGGGGGGGAACCGAGGGGGGUGGGGGGGGGGGGGGGGGGGGAAUCAUCUUCAAAAAGGAACAUCCAAGGAUGAUGCUAUACCUUGACAGUUGGCACAGUCAGUUUGUUUUCAUCAGCCAUUCUGUCCAAACUGCAAACCCAUGGGGAAAAGACAUUGGCACCAAUGUCCCACAAUAUGAAGACUUUAUAUUCUGGAAGACUGCCAAUCAGCCAAGCCAAGUUUGAUGACAUACAGGUUUUAAAGCGAUUCUGUUUUCUGGAGUCACAAAAGUUCUUUGACGAGCUGCCUACUGCUGAGACUGGGCAAACCGCUGACAGUGAUUAAGAAGCCAAACUGGGUAACACAUACACAAACAGAGAUGGCAGAUGUUAUCUUCUUGUAAUAUUUUCAUUCUGUUAAAAAAACAAAAAUAAAAGAUAACAUAAAAUUACUAAGCUUUUUGUUAAUUACUUUUUGUUUUUUAUAUAAAUAAUACUCGUCAUAUUCAUAUAGUAAAAGGGAAAAACCAGUAAUGUCUAUUGCAUCAUUGCAUUUUUUAAAAAAAAUAUUGUCAUUCUAUUUUUAAAAACAAUUUUUAAAAAAUCUGGUAUUGAUUAGAUAAGGCUUAUUUUUGCUCUUGACCAAAUUUUAGACAUCUUGACAUUGUUAUACUUGCAUGAGGAGUCUUCAAACUUUAUUUUCAGUUUUCUCUCAGUUUUUUCAGUUGUUUCAGUUUUUUCUCAAAAUUGUCAAAACCUGACGUCACUGGUUUUUCCCUUGAGCAUACAUACAUAAUAAUAAUAAUAAUAAAGUUUAUUUGAAAAACACCUUCAUCCCCAAAAGCUCGAAGUCGAAGCAUGGUACAAAGUCAACCAUAUUAAAAAUAGAAAUAAAACAAUCUAAAAUUUACCACAUUUAAAAACAGACGCAACAAUAUAAAGAUACAUAGGAGCAUACCCAGUCAAAGUCUUUCAUCCCGUUUCAACCAUAAGCAACACAAGCCAAUAUACAUUCAUUAACAAAAAAAGAUGGUAGAUAGCAUUACCCCAGAAGGUGUUUGCGAAGUAGAUGUGUUUUUAAAUCGGUUUUAAAGGACUCCAGUGUCUGGCUGUUUCUGAGAGCGAUUUAUAUAAAUAUAAUUAUAUAAGCCUAUGUAUAUUGAGUUAACACCUAUUUCAGAUUGACUUUGACAAAGAAUCAUCAUUAAACAAUCGUGGACCUGAUGUAAGUCUACUUCAUACUGUCCACCUAACGGAGACAUGUCAAGGCACCAUGCAAGGUUGUGUACUCCAUUUACGUGGCGAUUUGACACCACAGCCAGUCACAGAUAAAACUGGAAAUGCACUUUUGUGGAAUGGUGAAAUAUUUGAUGGGAUUCCAGUAAGUUUAAAUUAUAUGUUGCAUUUCUAAUCUUUGAAGUGAGACAGUCAGUCUAAGAAUUUAUUAAUCUAUCAUCCAUAUCUUUUCGAUUCUAAAUCAUAUUAGAUUGUUGUUCAUUAUUUAGCAAUAGCAUGAGUUAUUUGAAAUUAUAAUGUUUCAAAUUAUGGGAUAGCAAAAAACAAAAAAAGACUUGGCACUAUUUUUUAUUUAAAAUGCUAUUUUUGAAAAUUAUUAUAUGCCCUAAUCACUCUUAUUUCUAAAGGUGUGUUUUCCACAAUUUUAUGUAUUUUAAUACUAAUUUCAUUGAUCUUGUGCCCAAAUGGAUGUACCAUACCUUUGAUGUUUUUUAAGUGCCUGCACAUUGUAACUAGUUGGCACAAUGGGUAAAGUGUCCUGGGGAAGAAUCUAACUUCACACCAAAUCACACACAUAGAACUGUCACAUUACCAUGUACAUAAAAAUGGCAACAGAUUUGAUAUUUACAGACAUGCAUCAAUUAAUAUCACUAGAAAACAAUUCAUCUUCAUCUUUCUUUACGAAUUUCUGUUACUUUGACUCAUCAAAUAAGUUUUUUUUUUUCCUUGGCUCUUUCUGAAACAGGUAAAAGAGGAUGAAAAUGAUACUCAGAUUCUGUUUGACGUUCUGGCUUUUUGUGUUACAGAUGAAAACAUUUUGACGACCUUACAAAAGAUACAUGGCCCUUGGGCCUUUAUUUACUGGCAGGUGAGGUAUCAAGAGUGUUAUCAGUAAAGUAAUAAAUAUUUGAUUGCUGUGUGUAUAGAAAGAAAUGAUUUCACCAGCUAUGUCAGAGGUUCCCAAACUUUUUGGUGUCGCUGCUUCAUAUGGGCAUCCAGGUAAGGGCAUUUGGAAAUAUUUAAUAUGAAAGUUCAUCUCGCUAUUUAGUCAAAACAGUUUCGUUUUUAUAAUACUUUUUAAAAUACUUCAUUAACUUCACUUGAAUUAAUCACAACAAUAUUCAGUUGAUAUUGUCUCCAAAAACUAAUUCAACACUAAGAUCAGGGUGUUGUGUCACACAGUUUGGGAACCACUGAACUAAUUAGCAUUAGAGCCAUGUAAAUAAAUUUAAGGUAUAGUAACUUAGUGUAUUCAGAAUUUUCGAGGUCUCUGUUCAUGUUUGUGAAGUUAUUUAGAUUACGGUACAUAAUGUCUGGUGUACUUAUACCCAUUACAUUAAUUACAUUUUAUAUUGAAUUACAAUCCUAAUUCCUUGUUUAUUUUACUAUUUUCUAUCUAUGUUUGGUUUUAACUUCAAUUUCAAUUUUGCUACUCUUUAAUUCCUAUCAUGAUGUAGCUUGACAUAAAUAUUAAUAAUAUUCACAUAUUUCUCUUAACACGCUAAAUUGUUAUUUUAUUUAUAUAUUUUAUGUGAUCUCCUAACAUAUUAACAUUGGAAGGCCAAAGCAAAGAAGUUGUGGUUCGGAAGAGACAUAUUUGGUAGACGAAGUCUUCUGUGGCACCUUCCUUCAUUUACAAACGAUCAGUUUAUUCUGGCAUCUGUUGCCACUACUGAUAUGGUUUGUACAAUAACAUUAUUCCAUUAUCAUUAUCUUGUAUUUCAUUCAAAGAGAAGAAGAACCUGUUUUAUAGAAAAGAAUAAAACAUUUUAUUUGGUCUUAAUGCCUAUUAUUUAUCAUUUUAUUAAUUAAAUCAUUACAUUUGUGUAUACAAAAAGCAUUCAAUGUGACAUUUUAUUCAUCGAAUCAUUAGAUCAUUAAAUUCAUGUCUACAUGAAGUAUUCAUUAGGAUAUUAUUUUCUUGUUGCUAGGUGUAUACUGAAAUUCCAUGCGUGGGUGUUUUCUGUUUGAACUUUUGUGGCUGUGAUAUAGAAAAUAGAGUUCCAUCAUUAACCCUCCAUCCUUGGAAGGAGUGUCGAUGGCCUGCAAAAGCUGACAAAGUUAUUGACACUCCACAAGAAAAUGUAUGGACCUAUUUGUACCCAGCAGCAUCAACUCACCUUCAUGUAAACAUAGAUACAAGAGGACUCCUAAAUACUUGGAUACCUGCCAUCAGUGAAGAACGGGCUGCGUUUGCCUCGUUUAUUCCAGAUUUUGAUUUGAAAAAAUGUGGAGAUUUACAAGGUGUUAUGAGACAAAUAAUUGAAGAAAAUAAAGACUUGGAUUCGCUAGCAGAUGAACUUAUUCAGGUUCUGCUUAGUGCUGUAAAGAAGAGAGUGACCAACUUGCCAAGAAAAAGACAAACACUCCCAGGUAUAACCAAUGUUUCAUUGAUUGUGGCUUGUGUUUUAAGUUAAUUACUUCUUCAGGAUAUUCAAACUGAUCAUAAAGUUAUGUUGUCCUACAUGUGCUAACAUAGAGUUUGCAAUAGGUCUUUUAUUUGAUAAUGGUGAUAAUGUUUUAGAUGGAAUGCUCUGUCUACAAAAAUGCCAGGACUGUAAAUCAUGAAUAAUAAUGUUAAAAUGUAAUGUAAUAAUACAAUAUUCUAUUUAAAAUUAUUCACAUAUGCUCAAUAUUAUUUUUACUGCCGUAUAACUUGUAUAUAAAAUUAUUUUAAUUUUCAGGAACUGCAAAACCUCCAGCAAAUGUAGCCAUACUUUUCUCUGGUGGGCUUGACUCAACAGUUCUGGCAGCGUUGGCCGACAGGUAAUGCGAGUUGUAUGUUAGGGCUAAGCCUGACUUUAUAUAGGUUAUGUUAUGUCUGGCAGCAUCCAAGUGAUGGUUAGCUGUUUAGACGAUAGAUCUGUCUUAAUAAGAGUCAUUAGCUAAAAUUAGCUAUGUUUUAGAAACUCAUUCAUAAUUAAUUCUAUAUUUAAUGCUUACUCCUGUAUUUUGUAUUAAUUAAGCUGGGAAAUCUAUCCACAAGUUAAAUGGUUUACAUUGAGUGACCUUUGUCCAUUUUGGGGAAAAGAUGUUAUAAAUUUCCCUUUUUUACUUGUUUCCUCUUUAUUUCUCAAUAGAUUUUUAAAAAAUUCCUUAACAGUUAAACAUAUAAUAAAUGUCUAUAUUUUAUUUUUAGAUGUAUUCCACAACAUGAAACUAUCGAUCUCCUAAAUGUUGCCUUUGAACAAACAAAACCAAUGGAAAAGGUAAAAUCAAGACAAGUGAAAAACAAGAUCAGGGGUACUGGCCUCAAGGGACAGUCACCAGCUGAUGAUAACCUGACCACCACACAAUUGGCAUCAUCAGAGUCACCCUCUGAAUGUCUUAACGGCUGUCAAGCCUCCUUAAACAAUUCUGUAUGUGCCCAAAUAUCAAUUGAUGUGCCAACAAAUAAUUCCAAUCCAGGUUUUUCACAUUUGGCCAUAUCAGGUAGGACAAAUGAUUCACUUUCUACAAAACCUUACAAUAAUUCAUGUCCUGUUGUUAUAAACAAUGGUCACAUUGUGCAAAGUGUGCACAACAUACCUGACCUGACACCUGAAAAUGACACAAACAUGCUUUGUGUGGGUGAGAAUAGAACAUUUGACGCCUUCAAUGUCCCAGACAGACAAACCGCCAGAGUUGCUCUUUCAGAGUUAAAUCCUAAUCGUAACUGGAACUUUGUGGAGAUCAACAUCUCACAGGCAGAGGCUCAAACAGUCAGACAGUCUCGAAUUCGCAAAUUGAUUUACCCCCUUCACACUGUGUUGGAUGACAGCAUUGGAUGUGCUGUGUGGUUUGCUGCUCGUGGUUCUGGUAUACUUGCCAGUGAUAAAGGUCAAGACUUCACAAGUAAAGCUAGGGUAAAAACUCUGUAUAAAUAACAUAGUUUACGGCCUUUAAAAACAUCCACCCCCAAAUGUCAUUGGAAAGAAGAAUGAUUGUACAUUGGUUAAGGGGAAAUCACUCUAUAUAAAUGAAUGUGCUUCCUAUUUCCAUAGAAUUCAGAAGUUGAGUAGUAAAAUUUUACUCACUUUUAAGGUAAAGGUCAAUAUCAAGAUACAUCAUUUUUUAAAAAAUCCUUUCAUAACUUCAGAUACCAUGUCCAAUGUACUUUCAGAAAAUGUAUAAUUAUAUGGGUCUCUGAAGUCAGUAUAGGAUUUUCUUAUUUUUGACAAGCAUAACUUUGCAAAUAAUGUAGAUUCAUUUUUGUAGUUAAUAACAAAUAAAAACAGUGAUACAUUAUGAAAGGCUUUUUAUUUUUGGUACUGAUUUAAUUUUUAUUUAUAUGUAUAAAAGUUUCAUAUAAUAUAUUGUUUUAAGUAAUAGAAUAUCUCUGAUGGUUUUAUGAAAGCCAAUAGGUUUCUACAUUCAAUUAUCAUCAAAAAUUGAAAAUUGUCAAGAAAUAUCAAUUAUUCAUCUUAUAUGCAGUUAUUUAUUUAUUUAUAUUUUUUAUUAAAGGUUUUGUAUUUAAAGCCUUUGAUAAUAUAUUUUGGAGAAAAGAUGAUUUUGAUAAACAUGAAUGUUGUCAGGUCAUAUUAUGCGGUAUGGCAGCUGAUGAACAGUUUGCAGGAUAUUCUCGUCAUCGUGUCACUUAUAAAACCAAGGGGUAUGAUGGGCUGGUCAAGGAAGUACAGGAAGAAAUGUGGAGAAUUUCAUCACGGAAUCUAGGAAGAGAUGACAGGUUACAUUUCUUUAAAUACUAGUUUAAUUGUUGCUAUGGCAAUCCAUUUUCUGUUUGUUUUUCAAAUACAUUUUUUAAAGAUGUCUUUGCGUCCUAUCUGGGUUUGAUUUCUGCCAAUUCCAUUAUUAGAAUAUAUUAAAAAUAUAUUUAAUAUUUUCUUGAAAUAGUAUUUUGCCUAAACGUAUGAUCAAUUUCAUUAUCUUAUUAAAACAUGAGACAGGAUAAAAACUUAAUACUUGCAUUAAAAAUAUGGUAAUUCUACAUUUGUUAUCACUAGGAUUAUAACUGAUCACGGCAAAGAAUCAAGGUUCCCUUUCCUGGAUGAGACUUUUAUACAGUUUUGUAGCACCAUACCAGUAUUUAAACGGGUAAGAACUGAACUGAACCGGUAGUUCAAAAUUUCUAAUAACUAUGAAUUACAUAGCUAAAAUGAGUAAUUUACUGAAUGGAAAUCUCUAAAUAAAAGUUAUCAAUUUUAAUUUUCUUUAUUUUGAAGAAAUGAGCUCCAAACAUAACUUUAAAUUAGAAAACCCAUUACCAUGAAUUGUGAUUAAUUAUUUUUUUUAAAAAGUGUUUAAAUAAGAAAUAGUUAUAAAUAUCUUGAAAAUAUUUGAUAAUUUUGAUAUAACAAUAUAUUAUAAUUGUUUCUAAUAGAAUAUAAAAUAGUUCAUAAAAAAUUGUUAUGAUAAUUUAUCAGUAAUAUUUACUGUAAACAUUGUAAUUGAAUGUAAUAAAUCUUAGGAAUUAAUUUCUUUAAACUGUUUUACUUUAAAGGCAGACUUAACACUUCCCAGGGGAGUUGGAGAAAAAUUGCUGCUUCGUAUAUGUGCAUACAAGCUUGGACUCCAACUGACAGCCUUGCAACCUAAGCGAGCCAUCCAAUUUGGCUCAAAAAUAGCAAAAAUGGAUAAUAAAAAAGAAAAAGGAUCUGAUAUAUGUCAUCGUCUUAAAUAAAUUAUUGUUAAUUUAAUUUUGUUGCUUUUUUUUUGUUUUUUUUUGUUUUUUUUUUUGUUGUAUCGUAACUGCAUAUUAAAUCUUAUGUUUGUUUUUUCUUUAAAGAU